AGCGGAGAAGAAAAUGGGCGGGGCUCAAUGAUCACGAGCUCUCACGUGGUAAUGAAAGGGUAACACGUGACUUCACGUGAUACUUAACAACAAAGUCCGGUUGUCGUCAGUUCUUUUUCUGAGUUGCGUCAGCUACAAGAAGAUCGAAGGCACCAGUAAACGCUCAAGAACGACUUUUCCAGUGUAAAGAGGGGACGCCUCGUCUACGGACAUUCAGCAGCAGAGAGCCACAACACGCUGGGCAGAGCUGGAGUUACUAAAGACUCGGUCGAAACCGCGUACGCGCGACCCCAACGCCUUGUUCAUAUCCAAUUUACGUUCCUUCUCUAAAAACUUGGUCGACCGUGAGCGUCGACCGCUCGGCUGCUGCACGCAGCUCUACAACCGCCAAAAUCCGUCCGAAGGAGGAAAAACGAGAGACUCGAAAGGACCCGUCCUCGGGUCCGGGGCUCACGGCCAGGACGCAGAUAACUGUUCCGACCGUGGUCCCGCAAUGGUGCAGUGCUCCUAGCAGUGCCGGUGACACCUCCUCUUCCCUGGAGGGCGGGGAAGACGGAGGAGACGAUGAUGACAAUAUAGCCUACAGCGCAGUGGUGCAGGCACUGGUUCCAGAGCAGGAGGCGGCCUCUCCUCCUCCCUCUCACUCUGUCUUCUCCCACUCUCUGCUACACGCAGGCCAGACUGUCUCGCUCACUGCCCUCCAUCUGCCCUCACUCUCUGCCCUCUUUGUCUUCCUCAAGUUCGGGGACAUGGCCUCCAUCAGCAAGGAGUGUUUUGUCUCCCUGCUGGAGCAUGCAGAGGAGGAGCUCCGCUGCAGGACGGUCUAUGUCUUCUUUGAGCAGUGUGUCUCAGCCGAGCUGCGGCGACAGAUCCUCCACAGCUUCCACCUGAUGGGGUUCCAAAUAGUGCCCCCCUCAGACCCCACAGUGUCCCUCGUGGGGUCUCAGUAUUACUUCAUGUCGUAUGAGUUGGAAGACAGUGAUGAUGAUGAAGACUGAUUUUUAGCAUGUUUCACUAUUUGUUCAGCACUUCACAGUAGAAGUAAUUGUAGGUCACCGUCAUGUGUCCAUUGUAGCAUUUUCACAUCAUAUUUCCCACUAUUGGAAGGUAUUUCUCAGUGGCACCUCUUAUCUGUAUUCUCGUCCAUACAUUGCAAGAUGUGCGGUGCGAACGUUUGUACGCAUGUGCACUGGUUUGUUAAUGUGGGUUUCGAGGGUGUGUCAGCUGCUUGCAAUAAACACUGUAUAUGCAGUUUUGUACUUCACUGGCUCGUUUGGGUAAGUG